UGGGCGCCGCGAGCCACGCGAUGGAGACCCCCGCGCGCAGCGCGCCUGCGGGGCAGCAGGAGUGCAGCGUUCAAGAAAAAAUAGACUUAGAAAUCCGAAUGCGAGAAGGAAUAUGGAAACUCCUUUCUUUGAGCACCCAAAAAGACCAAAUUUUACAGGCAGUUAAGAAUCUCAUGGUGUGUAAUGCUCGGAUAACAGCUUACACGUCGGCACUGCAGGAACGGGGAGAACGGAUGGCGAGUCAGGCUGCAAGACGGGAUGUGAACUUUGGAGGGAAAGAGCGCACAGCGUGUGGAGGAAGGGUCGCCCUCUCAGAUGUUCGAAUACCACUCAUGUGGAAAGACACUGAUCACUUCAGCAAUAAAGAACGAACACAACGUUAUGCCAUUUUCUGUUUGUUCAAAAUGGGAGCCAAAGUCUUUGAUACAGACAUGGUGAUUGUGGACCCAACCAUCACAGAUAUAUGUUUUGAAAAUGUCAGCAUAUUUGAUGAUGCAGGGCCGGACUUUGAGGUAAAAGUGGAAGUGUACAGUUGCUGUGCAGAGGAAUCUUCUAUCACCAGUGCACCCAGAAAGCUGGCUAAGAAGCUCAAGACAUCUAUUAGUAAAGCUGCAGGGAAGAAAAUCAGUGCAUUGCUUCAACAAGAAAGCCAUGAGGCUUGCCUGCUCCUUACUUCAACUGUCUCUGAUGCCAAGUAUCACUUGCUAGCUCAUACUACCCUGACCUUGGAGAAUGCUGAGAAUAGCUUCAAGACCCAUAAUCUGUCUGUUAAUGGAAAUGAGGGGUCUUCCUUCUGGCUUCCCUUGUUUGGCAACAUGUGCUGCCGGCUAGUGGUCCAGCCAGCAUGUAUGGUCCAGGAUGCCUUUGCAGGAUUCCUUAACCAGCAGCAAAUAGUAGCUGGUUUGGCAGGUUGGAGACGGCUGUACUGUGUUUUGAGAGGGGGGAAGCUCUCCUGCUUUUAUGGCCCAGAAGAAAUUGAAGCCAAGGCAGAGCCAGCGUUGGUAGUGCCCAUCCACCAGGAGACCCGAAUUCGAGCAAUGGAGAGGGAUGCCAAGAGAGCGCACAGCUUCUCGGUCGUCAGCCCCGGCUCCGGACCUGCCGCACCUCAUGUGUUCGCUGCCGACAGUAGAGAGGCUCUCCAGCAGUGGAUGGAAGCCUUCUGGCAGCACUUCUUUGAUCUUAGCCAGUGGAAGCAUUGUUGUAAAGAACUUAUGAAAAUUGAGAUGAUGUCACCACGGAAACCACCUUUGUUCUUGACAAAAGAGGCGACCUCCGUGUACCGUGAUAUGAGUAUUGAUUCCCCUGUGAAACUUGAGAGUUUAACAGAUAUUAUACAAAAAAGAAUUGCAGAGACGAAUGGACAAUUCCUCAUUGGUCAAGAUGAGCAAUCCUCACCACCUCCUUGGACUGCUGUCUUUGACGGUCAUCAUGAUAUGGUCAUCCAGAAGAAAGUGCUGUCCCCUUCAAGUGACCCAGUCCAUGACGAAAAAAGGAAAAAGAGACGUGCCCCUCUUCCUCCUACGGAUAAGCCUCCAUUCAGGGUGAAGGCACACAGCUCCACGGAUCAGUCUGUGGAGGCCGGCAGGGUGCAGGCAAGCAGAUCGGAGGCCUUGUCUAUAGACAACAAACCGUCCUCCAGGACGUACCACUCACAGAAGCCAGUUGCUGCUCCUAGUGAACUUCUCUGUGCCGGGAAGAACAGCUCACUGGGCACUGAGCACUCAGACACUAAAACCGGUGUGGAGGCCAAGCCAGUACCAGCAUCGAGGCAGAAAUCCAUCCUAGACAUUUUGGACCCUAGAGCAUGGCUACAGCAGACACAGGUAGCGAGCCCUUCACUGCAUGACAUUUAAGAGUCCAUUCUGUAAAGCUAACCCAGUCAGUCUAAAUGUCAUGUGACAUAAUUGUGUAGGUAAAUAUGAUAGCGAUUUGCAUAAGUAAUGAAGAAGUUAUUAGGUAUAGGAAAACAUCUUGAAAUGACGAAAUGGAUUUCUUUUACUUCUAAUUUCCAGAAUGUUAGUGAUUUUCCCCAUGGAAUAUAAGAGGCAAUUUCUAGACAAUAUCUUAAUUGCUGGAAGGGUUAAUUUAUUCCUAAAUUAGUAGCAAGCACUGAAUAAGCACUAGGCAGAAGUGAGCAUUAACAUUUCUUGUGGAGAGAGACUGUCUACUCACUUAAAAUGCAUUCAGUGCGAGCCAUAUUCUCAUUGUGAGAGUUUAAUACUAAUGGAAUGUUUCAAAGGCUUUAUUCAAACCACAAAUUAUAGAAUCCACCCAAGAAAACCUUCUUCACAUUCUGGGGCCCUCCUCGCCUGGCUCGCUGGCUCUCGUCUAUUGUUUAGCUCACAGUUUACAGGCUUGACCUUUUAAAUUCCUGGGAUAAAUUUUGCGGUAUUAAAUUCUUUGUCUUUUAAGGGGAUUUGUAAUGUGCCAUUCAGAGUCAUCUCCUGGCUGAGUCCUAAAGUCCCGUUGAAGUGAGGCGGGCCGUUCUUGAGCAUGGGCGGUGGUGGACGAGACGGCUUUUCCACUACUCUCUGCCUGUCGUAUGAGUCCCACUGCGGCUUUGGGAGUUGGGAGUUGGGGAGGCAAGUAGCUGAUUAACACCUUAACAUUUAUCUAACACUUAUUUUAAAGGCAGAUUCAAAAAUGCUAGAAAAACUGGCCGUAGUAAUAAUUUUCAGAAUUAAUCCUUUCUCUAAAAUUUAGUUCGGUUUCCUUCUUCACAUCAGGGCUGAUGUCAGCCCUGCUAUGAAUCGCAGGGCCUUAUUUAUUUGUACGGUGAUCACAUCCAUGGGUGAGUUCCGUGGCCGAUCACAGUGCCCGCAGGACUGAGGAUCCAGGUGAGCCGUAAGUGGCAGAGGAUGAACAACAACAAAACACUUUAAAAAAUAAUUACCUUUUUGUAAACAAGAACUGAACAAUUUUAAAAAUCAAAUGAGAAUUUCCAAAUCAAACUUUCCACCAGGUGUCGGCAACAUCACUCAGAAUCUCAGCUCACACCAAGCCUUAACCGUCAUUGCAGAGGGAAAUGCAGGAAUUAAAUUAUAGCCCUGCAACAUCUCUAGAGAUCUUUUAAAAACUGCUAAGGACUCAUUUUGGAUCAGAACUGUAUUCUUGUUAAAUAAAGUGAA